AGGGUCUGUCUUCAGUUUGCCAUGACAGCCACAACCAUCUGAGUCGCAAAGCGCGAGAGAAUUUCUGUAGGUCAUGGAUGCCUAGGCCUCCGUAUUCCGUCGGCGUACAAACUUGCUUCCAGGCAACCUUGCAUUUGCCACCAGUAAGCUCCUCAUCUUGUGUCCAAAGAAACUUUCUGCGGGCUUUAUCAAUCUCUCUGAAGAGAAGCUUUGGUGGCUGAAGAACAGAGAGUGCAAAAGUUGGGAUCGCCGAGAGAACGCUCCGAACAAGCACUCUUCUCCCUGCGAUAUUCAUCAGUUUAUGCUUCCAUCCAGCUAGACGAGCUCGGAUGCGGUCCAGGAUGAACUGAAAGUGAACCAUUUUGGCACGCCCGAGGCUUAUUGGUAAUCCCAAGUAGCGUAUUGGGAAGGCAACAAUCUGUCCGCCAAACGCAUGCAGAACUUCCUGAAGGUUAAUGUGAUCACAGCGAAUGGGCGUGAUGGUGCACUUGCUGAUGUUGAGGUGCAGGCCUGAGGCUUCCCCAAAGCUGGUGAUGAUCUGAAACAGUUUGUCGAGCUCUUCCCGAACUGGGUUUGCGAAGAUGACAGCAUCGUCCGCGUACAGGCUGGUGCGCAGUUUCAGUUCUCUUCCAGGCAGCGGGGCAAGAAUGCCUUCAUCAACAGCUUUUGCUAUGAGCCGGUGGAGGAUGUCAAUGGCAAGGAUAAAUAGCAGCGGGGACAACGGGUCUCCUUGCCGCAGCCCACGGCGGUGGAUGAGAGGGAUGCCAGGGUCACCGUUCAACAGGAAAGCGGAUGAGGAUGAUCUGAGAAGCAUGGCAAUCCAGUCCCUCCAGCGACUGCUAAAACCCAGCUGCUGCAACAGUUCAAACAUAAACUCCCAGGAGACCGAGUCGAAUGCUCGAGAGUUUAAUCAGCAAGGCCGGCUUCUUUUUUCGGUGUAACGAUCGAACUGAGUUCCUAACAUAGAGGUAGUUAUCUUGCAGGCAUCUUGACUUUAGAAAAGCGCUCUGAGCUGGCGAAAUGAUCGGUGAGAUUUUCUCUGCCAAUCUUAUCGAGAGUACUUUGGUGAUGAGCUUGGCAAUUGAGUUGAUGAGGCUUAUCGGCCGAAAAUCUCCCACAGAUUCAGCUCCAUCUUUCUUAGGAAGCAAGGCCCGGAUAGGCUGUGGAACUGGUUGAACACUGCCAUCACCUCAACUUUUAUGAUGUCCCAGCAGCUUCUGAAAAAUUGUCCGCUGAAACCGUCAGGCCCAGGGGCUUUUUCUGCCGGGGAUUCAAUGAUCGCUCUCCAAACUUCCGCUUCAGUGAAAGGAGCAUCAAGUCCAUCAGCUUGGAUCGUUGGCAGGUUUAGAGCUUCCCAGUUAACGGUGCAUUUCCUGGGUUCAGCGGCUCCCAUGAUUUUCUUGAAAUGCUCAUAAAUGGUGGCAGCCUUCUCGUCAUGCUCGAUCGCCACAUGAUCUUCAGAUCGCAGAGAGUGAAUGAAAUUUUUUCUCCUCCUUGAGCAGGCCUUUGCAGUGAAGAAAGCAGUGGUUGCAUCUCCGGCCUUGAGCCAUGUUAUCCGAGAAGCUUGGCGACGACGCGCACGCUCGACGGCCGCAAGACCGAUAAUCCUCUGUUUCAGAAGCUUCCUCAGGUUGAACUCAGCUGGGGAUAGCUGGCGCUUUUCCAUGGCCACAUCGAAUCUCAGGAUUAAUUCAGAAGCAAUGUGGAACUGCAUCUUCGCGUCACUGAAUAAACUGCCGCUCCAAAUCUUCAGGUCUUUGGCCACCCGCUCGAGUCUUGUUUUGAUCCUGCUGAAGGCGCAGGUUUGCGUGGCGGGGCGUUGCCAUGCCCGCUGCACCGUUUCUCUAAAGUGAGGAAAACUGACCCAGAAGCUUUCAAAACGGAAUCUUGCUCGUCGAGGAGGGGCGGUGGCACUGGCAAGGAUGAGGGGGCAGUGGUCCGAGCAGGUUGUGGAUGCGGCGACGAGCAUGAAGGAGGGAAAGAGGGCUUCCCAUUCUAGGUUAGCGAAGAAUUUGUCGAUGCUAACUAACGUGGGCGAUUCCCGUUCGUUACUCUAGGUUUUUGCACUAAGGAGGCCAUCCUUGCAUAAAGUUUUAGAUUAUGAAGAUGAAUUCUUUGCUUUGUUAAUGUCUGUUCUUGAGUCCCAUAGUCUACGAACAACAGAUGGUUCCUUUUCAGAGUCGUUAUAUGGUCUCAGGCGGAGACCUGUUAACGUUUCAGUGAACAGAAGUAAUCCUGGUGCAGAAUCUAAUGUCAAAGUCUAUGACUCUGCACUAAGGAAGCGCCAGAAAACCCUCUCUGUUGUAUUUUUGGUUGUUUUACCGUAUUUCAAGUCAAAGUUGCAGUCUGUAUAUAACAAAGAAAGAGAAGCAAGAUUGCAGGCAAGCCUAUGGGAUCAGGGUGAGGUUAGAUUCGACGAAGCUGGCUUUGUAUCAGAUCAACAAGGGGAGACUUCUCAAGCACAAGUUGAGACUACAGCUGGAGAAGUGUCACAUCUCACGCGCCUUAGGACCAAUUUUGCGGCACUAAUAGGUGUUUGUUAUCCAUGGAUUCAUGCGACUCAUGAAGGCCUUUCAUUUGCUUACCAGUUGCUGUAUUUGUUGGAUGCUACUGCAUUUUACAGUCCAGGACUUCAUGUGCUUGGGCUUCAUGUUUGUCGUGCUACUGGACAAGAGCUGAUGGAUUCAUCUUCUAGGAUAUCAAGAAUUAGAAGUCGUGAACUCGAGAGACUUCGUGGUCCUCCAUGGUUAAAGACUGUUCAGAGGGUGCUCCUUAAUUGUACGUACACGACUCUAGAUUAUGCACAAACUGGUUUAAUUGCUGCGGUCUUCUUUUUCAAGAUGAUGGAGUGGUGGUAUCAAUCUGCUGAAGAAAGAAUGUCAGCUCCGACUGUAUACCCCCCACCUCCUCCGCCGCCGCUACCAAAGGUUGCUAAAGAUGGACUUCCCUUGCCAACUGACAGGACGCUGUGCCCUCUGUGCUGCCAAAAGCGCAACAACCCGUCUGUUCUUUCUGUUUCUGGUUUUGUGUUCUGCUACAGUUGCAUAUUCAAGUCUGUCUCUCAGCAUAAAAGAUGUCCCGUGACAUUGAUGCCUGCCACUGUUGAGCAAAUCAGGCGCCUCUUCCAUGAUUUAUAGCUUGAAUAGGCGCAGUUCAACUAAAGGAAGUACUCCCUCUGUAAACUAAUAUAAGAGUAUUUAGAUCACUAAAGUAGUGAUCUAAACGCUCUUAUAUUAGUUUACGGAGGGAGUAGCUUAUAUGGGCUCAAGGCUGCUAGGGACUCUGGGGCGAGAAGAAGCUUUUCCCGCAUUCCUGUUGAUGCAGAGAUCACACGAGAUACAGUUUCUGCUUCACGUAAUAUCCAUACAGCUCUUGUGCCAUUUUUGUUGUUUGUUGAAACUUCAACAGAGAUUUAGACCGUGUAAUAAUUACUGCUAGGUGAUUAUUGAGUUGAUUUAUUAAAGGGGGGGUUGAUUGCA